GUUUGGGAUAUCUUCAAGCUCGCAGCAUUUGUGGUUUUUGUCGGCUGCGUGGGUUGUUUCCCCCAUACUGACUCAAUGCUCACGUCUACUGAGAGGGAUGCCAAGCUAGUUGAAGCUUCACCUUCCUUGGGUGACUGCUCAUUGUCGUGGUUGACGGUGAUCUCUUCUUGUGUUUUGGCCCUUUGCUCUGCGGUGUUCGAGGCCGGUGGUGCUUCAGUCGUUCGGUCUCGGCAGUCUGGCUUUGGAAGUUUUCCAACCGUCUUCCGAGCAGGUUUCUUCAGGUUCGGUGUGGGUAAAAAGGAGUUGUCCUUGUUCAUGUCCUCCCUGCUCGAUUUCUUCCUCUUUUUGGGCGGCGGAGGCGUUGAUUGCGUCAAAUCCAAGACUCCCACGCUCGCAGGAAUUGUGAAUGGCUGUUUCCUCUUUCUCAUUAGUUGGAUCAGGCCGCUUGGUUUGGCCUCAUCGGCAGAGAAGCCAUCGCCCAGCCGGUAUUGCAAUGAUUCUGGUGGUUUGUCCCCGGUACUCGUAUUACGCUGUAGUUUCUUGAAGCCUAUUGGUGGGAUCUUGUCGAAUAUUAAGCAUGGGCGGCGUCGCGGCCCCCUUCUCGCUUGUGUAAAUCUGAGUCUCGAUGACACCAUUUGCUCGUUGUCUAGGGAAGAAUCCGCUAUAGAACGCGACUCUUCGCCUUCGCUCUCGUUCUCGCCCUCACAGUUAGACUCCUCGUAUUCUUCAAACUCGACAGCGGCUUGAGAGCUAUGCUGAGUGGCUGAAAGUAUCAGCACAAGACAAAGUCAGCCAUGUGACACAAGUAUCUAUUGAACAGAGAGAACUUGGAUGUAGGACCUCUACACACAUUCUAUCUCUGAGAAUUCUGAGCGGCUUGAGGCGCUCCUCCUUUCCUCUUCCUUGUCGUCGUCGCGGAAUGUAUCAUGUAUGUCUGGCUGAGCCUCAGUUUUGUGGUCUUUGCACGCCUG